UAUGUAAGCAAACCUGUGUGUUCAAUCUGCGGGUCGCUGCUAAUACCUUCUAAAGAGGUUUGCAGUGGACGGCUCCAUGUUGGGUCACUAAUGCAGUGCGAGUGAGUGAGUGAGUGAGUGUUUAUGUGUGUGUCAAGUGUUUGUGUGCACACGGUUGGCACAUGUCUCUGCCCGUGCAUAUGUAUGAGGGACGGUAGGAGAUUAUGAAGCGUUUACCGUAGUAAAGAUUCCAGCUGUACAGUUAUCACUCCCGGCAUCCGACUCUCAGAAGGAAACACAUGCCUUACUUGUGUACGGAUUGUUAAAAUAAAUCAGGAGGGGAGUGCAAGGAAGGCAAGUGAAGGUGGUGAAAGAAGAGUUACAGAGAAAGAUAAGCUGUGGAAGGCAAGACCAUGUGCCAAUAUGCUUCUCCAAAACAACAGUAAAAUGGUUUCAGCUACAGAAGAAUGUAUAGGACCUAUGCGACUGACCCAAGAACCCAUUCAGGUCCUGUUGGUGUUCGCUAAGGAGGACAGCCAGAGCGACGCCUUCUGGUGGGCCUGCGACCGCGCCGGCUUCAGAUGUAACAUUGCUCGGACACCUGAGUCCGCCGUUGAGUGUUUCCUGGACAAGCACCAUGAGAUUGUGGUCAUUGAUGGACGCCACUCACGCUACUUUGAGCCUGAGGCUGUCUGCCGGUUGAUCCGAGCCACAAAGCCCUCUGAAAACACAGUUAUUCUAGCCAUUGUGCCACAAAAACCCCCUGAUCAGGAGGAGCCAUCUGUUCUCCCUCUCCUGUGUGCUGGAUUCAGCAGAAGGUUUGUGGAGAACAGCAGUGUGUCAGCCUGCUAUAAUGAGCUCAUACAGAUUGAACACGGAGAGGUGCGCUGCCAGUUCAAACUCAGGGCAUGCAAUUCUGUCUUUACUGCUCUGGAGCACUGUCAGGAGGCUGUGGAGAUCACCAGUGAGGACCAUGUUAUACAGUAUGUGAACCCAGCUUUUGAGCGGAUGAUGGGCUACCACAAAGGGGAGUUGAUAGGGAAGGAACUGACUGAGCUCCCCAAGAGUGACAAGAACAGAGCUGACCUGCUGGACACCAUCAACACGUGUAUCAAAAAAGGAAAGGAAUGGCAGGGAAUUUACUACGCCAGGAAGAAGUCAGGAGAUAGUAUACAGCAACACGUCAAGAUCACUCCUGUCAUUGGCCAGGGAGGGAAGAUUCGACAUUUUGUAGCCAUCAAGAGACCGCACAGUGACAACAAUAAACAGGUUCACAAAUCCAACAAGGAGGAGAGGUGCAGCGGAGAACAUUCUCAGUCAGAGUGCCAUUCUUUGCGUCACCGGGACAGGAGGAAAGACUCGAUUGACGCCAGGUCGCUCAGCUCACGUGGUAGUGACGCCCCCAGUUUACAAAACCGAAGAUAUUCUUCCGUGGCCAGGAUUCACUCCAUGACUAUAGAGGCUCCCAUCACCAAGGUAAUAAACAUCAUCAAUGCAGCCCAGGAGAGCAGUCCAGUGACAGUGGCAGAGGCUCUGGACCGGGUGCUGGAGAUCCUGAGGACCACUGAGCUUUACUCCCCCCAGCUUGCCUCCAAAGAGGACGACCCCCAUACGAACGACCUCGUCGGGGGGCUCAUGAGUGAUGGGUUGCGGAGACUCUCUGGGAACGAGUAUGUCUUCUCCAAAAAUAUGAGCCAGAGCCAGCUGGCUAUCCCAGUGACUCUCAAUGAUGUCCCUCCGUCUAUUGCCGAGAUGCUGGAUGACGAGGAGCGCUGGGAGUUCAACAUCCUGGAGUUGGAGGCAGCGACGCACAAGAGACCUCUGACAUACCUGGGGCUGAAGAUCUUCACCAGCUUUGGUGUGUGUGAGUUCCUGAACUGUUCGGAGGCCACGCUGCGCUCCUGGCUGCAGCUCAUCGAGGCCAGCUACCAUUCCUCCAACUCCUACCACAACUCCACCCACGCUGCAGACGUGCUGCACGCCACUGCCUACUUCUUACGCAAAGAGAGGGUCAAGAGCAGUCUCGACCAGCUGGAUGAGGUGGCGGCGUUGAUAGCGGCCACGGUGCAUGACGUGGACCACCCGGGCAGGACCAACUCCUUCUUGUGUAACGCCGGCAGUGAGCUGGCAAUCCUCUACAAUGACACAGCCGUGCUGGAGAGCCACCACGCAGCCCUCGCCUUUCAGCUCACUGUCCGAGACAGCAAGAGCAAUAUCUUCAAGAACACUGACAGAAAUCAGUUCCGAACAUUGCGACAAGCCAUUAUUGACAUGGUGCUGGCCACAGAGAUGACCAGACACUUUGAACAUGUCAACAAGUUUGUCAACAGCAUCAACAAGCCAAUGGCUGCCAUAGAAGAGUCCAGCUCAAAUAGUGAGAGCAGUGAUUCUGAAGGUCAGGCUAACUUCAGAAACUCUCCAGAGAACCGCCUGCUGAUCAAGAGGAUGAUGAUCAAGUGUGCAGAUGUGGCAAACCCCUGCCGACCACUCGAGCUCUGCAUCGAGUGGGCCGGACGGAUCUCUGAAGAGUACUUUGCACAGACGGACGAGGAGAAGAGACAGGGGCUGCCGGUGGUGAUGCCAGUGUUUGACAGGAACACCUGCAGCGUGCCCAAAUCUCAGAUUUCCUUCAUAGACUACUUCAUCACUGAUAUGUUUGAUGCCUGGGAUGCUUUUGCCAGCCUUCCUGGUCUAAUGGAGCACCUGUCAGAGAACUACAAGUACUGGAAGAACUUGGACGAAAUGAAGUGUAAGAGCCUGCGCCCUCCCCCUCCUCCUUGACCCGCACCCCACCCCGUGUCCUCCUUCCUUCCCUCACUCGGAGCGGAGCAGACAGCAAACGCAGCCCUGCACUGGAAUUAGUCUCUUCAACUGUGAUUCAAGGGAGCUCCACACGCCCCUCCAGGCCCCGGACGUAUUUGGGGCCUGAAGCUCGGCUCAAGGUCCCUGAGAGCCGCCCCGGAGACAUCACUGACUGGUGAACGCUGAGUCACUCUUUCCCAUCUCAAAUCACAGCCCCUUCCCCUGUGUGGCUCAGGCUGGAGGUCACAAGCUGCCAAUGGAGAACUGGUUGUCAUUUGAGACUGGCCUUUAGAGCCCCUCCGACACCCCCCCACCCUGCACCGCCACCACCACCACCACCACCACCACCACCACCACCAGCCCUCCUUUGCCACUUUAUGGCCCCUUUAUGUAUUGUUAACGGCACCUCUAUGAAACUCUGUGGACCUCACGGCUCACCUGACAAUCUGUGCAAGACAAGGGCAAAUAUAAAUAACACGCUAGAAAAACUGCACUUUAGCUAAGCAAGACAUUUCAGUCUUAAGGUCUAUUUUGUUUUUGUUUUUGUUUUUGGUUUUUUUGUUCUCUCUUGUGAUUUUUUUUUUUUAAUGACUUCUCAUUCAUGCAUCCAUCAUAUGUAAUUACUGUAAUGGCAAACAAGGUGACCAAAGCUGGAAGCGCUAUGACUAAAAAAAGAAAUUAAGACCGAAUGUUGGCAUCUAGUUAGAUUCGUUCAUGCUUAUUUAUGUCUCACUCUCUAUCUCACUUUCGCACCUAAAAAACAAAUGUCUCUCAAAUUGCCAACGUGUUAAAGUACAGCUCUGGGCUCAGUUUUGAGGUGAUGUUCAGCUGGAGAUAUUAAUUUAGGAUGAGCUGUGAUAAGGCCUACGGGAUACACACUCACAGAACAGUGUCUGACACGAAAUUCAGAGGUCCCCGUUGGCUCCACACCUACACCACUUAUCAGAGCAUAGCUGAAAUAUAUCAGAGCAUAGUGGAGAUGAUCAUGCAGCUACGCAAGCUGGUGGAAUAUCUCACUCAGACAUUAGUCAUACAGGAAAUUGGUCCAUACCACAGUCCUUUGUGCACUGUGAGGGCUCCACAGCAUCAGUACCAAUGAAGACAACUGAGCUCCAAUUAGCUAAAUCAUAGAACAUGCCUGUGACCUUUUUUUCCCCCAAAAUAAAAGGAGGCACAGAGCUUUUAUGCUUCUUUUCAUUUCAACACUGAGAGGCCAUUGUUUCAUUGGAUUUCAUUGGACACUAAUGCAAGCAUAUUACAGGUUACCUACAUUCAAAUAUGUGAUAUUUGAUACAGGGCACCUACAGCAUAUAACUGCUGCUCCAUAAAUAUGUAAAAAAAAAAAAAAAAAAAUCAGAUAUGGCAGAUUCUAAAGAAUAGCUUGUUUCCACAGUGUUUAAUCGUUGUAAGGGAAACAUCUGGUGGACCAUAUAAUGAUCUGUUUCAUCACUCUGCAGUUGAAAAUUGAUCAUGAUCAGGUUAUCAGUAGCAUAGCUGUUUGGUCUGCGGCCCCGUGCGCAGAACAUUGUCUGAGAAAACAAAAGUUGCUGGGCCUGCAUCAGUUUUAUUCCAAGCACUAACAACAAAAAUAUGCUUUACCUCAAUAUCUAUAAAUCCUACAACUGCAUUGCACCCAUUUUUCCCUCACUUGCCCAAAAUCCAGUGGCAUUUCAGGUUUAACUUAUUUUGAGCUAGAAAAAAAGAGCUCUGCAUCUACUACAUCAUAUGAUGUGUUUGCUUUUUGCUCCCUCUGGUGGUUAAAUAUAGGUACUGCAGGACUAUGUCAUGUCAGCUGUGAGACAGUGAUGGAUGAGAUCCUCUGAAAAUUAGGGAUUACUUUACUCAGUUUGGGAGCAGAAAAGGCAUGGGAACAGAAAGUCAACAAACUACACACUUUAAUAUUUGAGAACUGACCCAGCAUUAUUACAUUAUGAAGUCAGCAAAUUUAUGCAUUCCUGUGGCAUAAAUUACCUGUCCAAGCACUUUCAUACUAGUCUUAUGAUGGUGGAGCACUAUUGGAUGAAACAGCAGCACAAAGAAACACUAUGAAUUCAGUUGUUAGUCUAGAUCAAGAUUACACUACUUCUUACAAAUCACCAUGACGUGUGAAGAAGGCUGUCUGCUGAUUAUGCAUUCCCACAUUGAAUCCCAACACUACAACUGCACAGUGGUCACAGCUGAAUUAGAGGGACAUGCUGCUGCUGUGUAUGGCUGUGUAUGGCUGUGUGUGUGUGUGUGUGUGUGUGUGUGUGUGUGUGUGUUAAUCCACUAAACUUUACAGUAUUAACCAAAGGCACAGAGAGCUUCUUACAGGUGCCUUAUUCUUUGGUCAUCAUUACAAAAGUAUUUUGGUUGAAAUAGUCAGUCCACUACUGAAGAAGAAGAAAAAAAAACACACACACAAAAACAAAAAAACAAAGCCAUAGGUGUUUUAUUCUUGAACACCUCUGAAAUAAAUCAUGGGACUUGAGAAUGUUGUUUGUUCAUGAUGUUAGCUCAUGACGGUCCUGACAUUUUAUCACUUUUAUACAUCCAUGAGGUUCUUAAAGAGUAACUAACUCUGUGUGAAAAGCAGGGUGACGUCUCUUUGGUGGCAGGUGAUGUCACCACCUGUUGUGCCGCCAAAGAGCAGGCACCCUGCUUUUCACCACUAGAGGUCAGGCUUCACACAGAUUUGGGUUUAGUUGGUCUUUAAGGAGGCAAGAACGGGACAUGUUGUGAUUUAAUUAGGCGCAGGCGAAUCAAUUCUCUGUCAAACCAGUCAUAAAAUUCCACUGCUGAUGAUUUUUUUUCAGUUAUAGCUUCUGUUCACCUUCUGAUUUGCAGAGAUUAAAUUAAUCACACCCAUGUACAAUGUAUUUAUGGUUAUGUAGUUUUUUUGUUUUUUUUUUAUUGAACAAGGUCUUAAUGCCUUAAUCUUCUCAUGUCUCACUGUGUAGAUUUCGCUGUUGUUGCAAUACACUGUAAACUACCUAUUGUAUCUACUGUUACUGUAAGCAUCCAGCUAGGCCGCCAUAUUGUUUCAAUUUGCAUUACUAUGUUGUAAUCUUUUUUUGCUUCACUUUAUUUGUCUCUUAUACGUUGUAGGAUGCAUUCCUGUAACUUUGACUCCAAACAAGAUUCCCGUUUUGUACAGUGACUUGAAAUGCGGCACCAACUUUGAAUGUUUCAUAUGACUGCUGUUAUUAAUCAAGUGAGAUGAUAUUUUUGCUAGAUGAUAAUGAAGAUUUCUAUUCACAAAGACAAUUCAUAUAUUUCAGAUUUACAUGUCACAUACAGACAACAUGCCUUUUAAUGUAAGCAGUAAUGACGGGGGUGUGGUGACAUCCGGUGUCUCGCGCCUCGUUUCUAAAUAAGUCUACGGAGAUAGAGGCAGAUUGUAUUACUGCUUGUUAUGUAACGAUAAGCCUUCAUCAGUUACAAUGACUUUUACUUCCUCUCUCUUCCAUCUCUGAGACUGACAGUCGUGGGUGCGGACAAUGUGCCAAUUCUGUGUUGUUUUGUAUGAUUUCUAAACAGAAGAAUAAUUAGGAAUCUGAAAGUAAUGUCAAACUAUUUUUUAAGAAAUAUUCAUCAUCAUUGGCCAUGACUGCUGUAAUGUUGGUGUUUUGGGAAGACUCCAUUGCCUGAUGCAUAGUAGUGACAAACACUUCUGCAUCAACGUAAUUUAGAAGUAAUGCACCAUGUUUCUUUUUUUAAAGUUUUAUGGAUUUUGCGCUAUCCAGUUUCUGAUGUUUUUUUUUCUUUGAUGUUCUUUGUCAAAAACUCUUAAAAUGUAUUUGUGAGAGACAAUUAAAGUAUUCUUGAAAUAUAAA